AUGGGCUUGGGUAAACUGAGGCUGUCUUCCUUUAGUUUAUUUGUGAUCCUGCUUUGUCAGUUGUCUUUUUCUGCAUACCAAAUGGGGGAUCAUCCUUGUCACUUAAAAAGAGAUUAUAGUCUUACAUACAGAAAGGAAGGGGACUUGGUUAUAGGGGGCUUCUUCUCCCUGUUUCUGAAGACCAGUAUUUAUGUGGACAAAUUAUCCUUCAGAAUUCCUCCAGUCUGGACAUCUGCAGAUUCAAAGUACAUGAUCAAACAUUACCAACAUUUUCUCAUUUUCCAAUUUGCUGUGCAUGAGAUCAACAAGGACCCCCAUUUGCUACCCAACAUAACUCUGGGAUACCAGUUGUUCAGUAACUUCCAUUCUAACAAACUAGCUUUGGAGAACUCUUUGAUUUGGUUGUCAGGGAUGGGUCCAACCAUCCCUAACUACAAUUGUGAACUGCAGCACAAAUCAGUGGCUGUCAUUGGUGGAAUGUCCUCUACACUGUCCAUGGCCAUGGCUACCAUGUUAGGACUCUAUAAAGUCCCACAGGUCACCUAUGGCCCAUUUGAUCUUCUCCUGGCUGAUAAUGUCCAAUAUCCAUAUGUCUAUCAGAUGGGCAGCAGGGAAUCCACUCUGCAUCUGACAGUGAUCAAAUUAAUGCUGCAUUUUGGCUGGACUUGGAUAGGGCUGGUUAUUUCAGAUAACAUGAGAGGGGAACAAUUCUUCAACAAUUUGAAAGAGGAGAUGACCAGGAAUGGUAUGUGUCUGGCUUUUGUGGAACGAGUUCCCAAAAAAAUUAAUCUUGAACAUGAUGAAUCCAUUAAACUCUUUUCUAGGAUCAUUGCAUCAUCAUCCAAUGUGAUUUUCAUCUAUGGAGAUACAGACUCCCUUUUUGAAUUUUCUAUUUUAGUGAAUGAUUUUUACUUGAAUGGAAAAUUGUUGAUCACCACCUCUUACUGGGAUUUCUCUAUAGAUGUUACUAAAGAAAUGAAUCAUUUUCAUGGUACACUAAUAAUUUCUCAAAUCAAAAGGGAAAUUCCUGGUUUCACAGAUUUCUUAAGAAGUGUGAAACCCACUGUAAACACUGAGGAUAUUUUCCUAAAGAGUUUCUGGGAGAUAACCUAUUAUUGUAGACUUUCAAAAAAGGGUACUGUAGAACUCCUGCAUUAUGUUUGCCCUGAAAUGGAUUUAGUUGAAGGUGUAUAUUCUAGUGACUUCGAAAAGACCAUAAUGGACCUGAGUUAUAAUAUCUACAAUGGAAUCUAUUUAUUGGCUCAUGCUUUCCACCAACUGCUUGAAAGUGACCCAAAAGCAACAUCAGAAUUUGGAAAAAAUCCAGUUCUUUCUUGGAAGCUCCACCACUUCCUGAGGUGUGUCAACCCUGACCUUGAUGACAAGGAUGAAUUAUGUGGGUAUGCUGCCAGGAUGGCUGAUGAGAGAUAUGAUAUACUGAACUUUAAAAUUUUCCCUGAUUAUAUAGCCAAACAGGUGAAAGUUGGAGAAGUAAUUCAUCAUGGAAAAGAAUUAAAUAUUCAUGAAGAGGAUGUAGAUUGGCCAGAAGAUUUUGGUCAGACUCCAAGUUCUACAUGCAGUGCCAGCUGUGGCCCCGGCUUCAGGAAAACGCUCCAGGAAGGUCAGCCCAUCUGUUGCUUUGACUGUACUCUCUGCCCUGAAGGGGAAAUUUCCAAUCAGUCAGAUACAGAGCAGUGUCUAAAAUGCCCUGAAGAUCAAUACCCAAGCAAAGAGAAAGAUAGAUGCCUGCCCAAGACAGUGACUUAUCUGGCUUAUGAAGAGACUCUGGGAAUGGCUCUGGCUGCUGUAGCUCUCUCCCUCUCCCUCCUGACUACUCUGGUCCUUGGAAUCUUUGUGAUGCACAGAGACACCCCAAUAGUCAAAGCAAAUAACCGCAGUCUCAGCUACACUCUGCUCACCUCUCUCACCCUUUGCUUCCUCUCCUCCUUGCUCUUCAUUGGUCGUCCUACUCCAGCCACCUGCCUAUUAAGACAAACCACGUUUGCCAUUGUGUUCACAGUGACUAUUGCUUCCAUCUUGGCCAAAACCAUCACUAUGGUUCUGGCCUUUAGGGCCACUAAGCAAGUAAGCAAGCUUAGGAGGUUGAUGGGAACAAGAGUAUCUUAUUUUCUGAUUUUCAUUUGUACCCUUAUCCAGAUGUGCCUCUGUGGCAUCUGGCUGGGUACCUAUCCUCCAUUCCUUGAGAAGGAUACACACUCUGAGUUCUCCUUCAUUGUCAUUCAGUGUAAUGAGGGCUCCCUUGUUACCUUCUACUGUGUCCUUGGCUACAUGGGCUUUCUGUCCUUGGUCAGCUUUACAUUGGCUUUCCUGGCAAGGAAACUGCCAGAUACUUUCAAUGAAGCCAAGUACCUGACAUUCAGCAUGAUGGUGUUUUGCAGUGUCUGGAUUUCCUUCUUGCCCGCAUAUCAGAGCACCAAAAGGAAGGCCAUGGUGGCCAUGGAGAUCUUUUCCAUCUUGGUCUCCGGUGCUGGGAUUCUCACCUGUAUCUUUGUUCCCAAAUGCUAUGUGAUCUUUCUGAGGUCAGACAGAAAUACUCUGAGCCUUCUGAAAAGCAAAGCUAAUCCAUGA